AUUAGAACUUUAUGUGGUUAGUAUGGCUUUGAUUUUCUUAAAGGUUUUUCUGUAUGUCAUAAUACCAUCUCUGGUUGUUAGUGAUUGCAGUGUUCGCACAGGAAAUGGUGUAAUUUUAUUUAAAGAUUUCGGAUUUAAAAAAAUAUAUAUAAAAGAUGUUUCAGAGAUUAAAGCCAAACAUAACGAAUCUAUCCAAUUCUUUUGUAAUGGGCAAAUUGAUAUAACUCACUCUUGCCAAAAAUCUGACAAAGAUCUGACGAAGCUUGUUUACACUGCUAAAUUGUUUUGUAAUUUGAAUACAUUUCAAUUAAUUCAAAAUGAAACUAUCACACUUGAACCUUUAUGUGAUUUUAGGAUAUCCUGUUCCAAACUAAAUGGAUUGAAAUUGUAUGAAAGUGGACAAAAAUUACCCAAUUGUGAUAAAUACAUGUCAAUAGGAAUUGGAGUGUCUAUUUCUGAAUUCAAGGAAGUUUCAGGAGCAAUAUGUUACGACUGGGAAAAUCUGACGCUUAAGUAUAUAAGUUACUUAACUUCAAACUCUAACAAUAAUUUAAACAUAUUUGACAAAUAUCAACGUACGGAAAGGCUUGAUACGGUCACAUUAGAUAAACUUCUUGACAACUAUGAGCUUUACUUUAACAUCAUGAGUACACAAUCUUUUCAAGCGCAAUUGAAUGAUAUCAAGUUAAGAAAUUCAAUACUUGAUGGAGUGGAGUUCGACUAUUCGAAUAUUGCAGAUGCUUCCAAAUUUUCUGCUCAUGACAAUAUUUUAAAAAUCGUAUGGUGGAAAAAUCUACGGUUUGGAAACUGGAGACGAUACCUGGAAAUAUUAAAACAGCGUGCAAAAUCGGUUCAAUACUUGGUCUAUCUUGGUACUGCCGGUAUCAUAAGUAUUCCUAAAGAAAAUCACAUUCAAAAUCAAACUUUGCUUAAUGCUCCUGAGUACAUUUGGUCAUAUUUGAUAUCAACAAAUCCUAACCAGACUUCAGAACAGCUUGUAAUAGUAGGCUACAACUCUCCAUUUGCAAAAUUAAAUGCAGAGAAUAGUCCAAUAUUUUGUCAAGAUAUUUGUGACGAAGUUUCUUGGAUUAAUUCAACAACAUUUCGCGAUUUGCGUCUAAUUGCAAGUCAAGGUGUGACUUUCUGCUGUCGUCCUGAAGAAGUUUUAAAAAAAUUUGACUCUUUCCCAAUGAUUGUAAAUCGACAAAUUUCAACAACUGCUACGCCCAUUAAUGAGCAAAAAUGAUCUUAUUAAUGUAUGACAGUUCAAACCCAACAGAAGAGCAAAUAUUAUAUUCAACAUAAUUGAACUUUUUACAAAUAAACAAUAAUAAUACAUAUUACAAAUAAAUUACA